UGCUGUAAUGAAUAUCAGCUCAGGCUUCCUUGAUGUAAUCUGCUCAUCAACUGCCAAAAAACAUGAUUUCAAGCUCACUGUGGUUAUAAGUAGCAACACAAUCCACUCAGUCUGUUUUGACUGGCUGAUUAGAAACAUGUCCCCCAUCCAAAGUCAACCAAACACAAAAAGCAGGAUGGGAAAUCAAGACUAUUGAUAGUGGAAAGUGUGAAACUUCUCUCUCCCUCUCAGCCAUCUGAGUACACAGACUGAGCCUCUUUUAUAACAUAACUCCUCUACCCUCACCAACUCUGUCUGGACCUUAAGUUCAAUCAUGAAUAUAGAUUCCAUUCCUCUGUGAAGUCUGCAUGGGUGGGGACAGGAAGAAGUAGGCCUAGAGGAUGGACCAUCAGACGUCACGAGCACUUCCCAUCUCUCCUGUAGACCUCUCCUUCUCCUCACGGCUCAGGAUUGAUGGUGAGUGGGGAUGUGCAAGAGUCACUGCAUUGUGCAAGAGGAAUCGUGCGCACUGAAUGAAAACCUGUAGCCUGUAAACUGGGAGUAUUUUUUUUGUUUUCCAAGCGUCGAUGGAUUUGCAAACAACUUCAGAGGGAAGUCUUUGCUUUUCCUUUUGCGCUUCUGCCUUUGCUUUCGAGCCUUCUUGGAUGUUGCGCCACGCUGCACAGCGUUUGCCAUCUGGCAAUAGCGUGCAGUUUACAGUACGCAGGCAUUAACACAUUGAUCUUGCCAAUUUUCAGUGGCUGGAACCCGAGCCGAUGAUUGCGCCCCACCUUUUCCUCUCCAACUAUUGGACGUCUUCAAUAUGUUGUUAAUCGCGUUUGCCAGAUGAUACCUGUUGAUUUUUUAUCGCGCCAUGUCCUUCUGUCGGACUGAAGUGGACAAUGAAGUUAUGGGAUAGCCUGACCAUUUGUUUGAUACUGCUGAGCGCCGUGCACGCCAGCCGGCUUCUCCGGAGCCGACCGCAGUCCACGUCCUCCAAGAGGAGAGGGCGCGCCGCAGAGAGUCCCCUGGAGCUCCCGCCGGUUCAGAUCCGCCUGUCUGUCACUUCCCCGGGCAUUAGCCGCGCUGAAGCGGACAUAACGGACUGGGAAGAGACGCUGGCUGGAGGGGAAAAAUACACAAUGGAGGAGCCCCUCCCAAGUGAGUUUGAAGAUGUGGUGGACUUCAUCAAAGUGACCAUCAGUAGAAUACGUCGCUCCUCAUCCACCGUGUCCUCAUCCACCUCCUCCCCCUCCAAAGUAGACUUGAGCAGCAGGACUCGACACAGACGGGAGAGGAAGAAGGGGGCGAGCCAGCAGAGUAGAGGAGGAAGAGCUAGAGGAGGGGAGACAGGGAGGAAGGUUAGGGAAGGAAGAGCUAACCGACGAGGACAGGGCUGUGUGCUCAAACAGAUCCACCUUAAUGUGACAGACCUCGGUUUGGGCUACCGCUCCAGCGAGGAAAUGAUAUUCAGGUACUGCUCCGGACCCUGCAGGAAGUCUGAGACCAACUACGACAAAAUCCUUAACAACCUCGCUCACAACAGGAGGCUUCCUCCUAAAGACACGCCCCCUCAGGCUUGCUGUCGGCCAAUAGCAUUUGAUGAUGACCUCUCGUUUCUGGACGACAACCUCGUCUACCACACUGUGAGGAAGCACUCUGCUAGGAAAUGUGGUUGUGUGUAGAGUGUGAGCUGGUGUCAUGCUUUGUGUUGAAGUGAGUGUUUUUUCUUCUGAUUUACCUCUUUGUGAGCAAACUUUCAGGCAUUAUGUGUGGCCAUGUGACUUGAGUCCAUCGGUAAAGGAGUUAAUAAGUAGAGGAGGUGGCGUCUACAGUUUUUACCCCAAAGCAAAGAUCCUCUUCUUCUCCUCCUCAAUCAAAAUUAUCCACAAUUUCCUUUACAGUUCACACCUUACGUCACUAAUAUGUUCAGUGUGAUUUUAAAUGUUUCAAUGGAUACUGAACCUAAAGGACUGAAAUCAGACACAAUGGAUGAUUCAGCAGACUCAUUCUGUCUACUGUAUAGCACAUAUGUUACAUGGAAAAGGUUAUACAUAUGAAAUGUAUUUAUGAAAUCUUGAAUAUAUUAACUUAUUGAUAUUUAUUUUGUUUUUAUAAAAGGAAUAUGUAUAUUUAUUGUAAUAUGAUAUAUCAGUGUUUGCCAAAAGGUUUAACUAAAAGAGGUUAGUGGUAUAUUUCCAAAUAAAAGCAGUAAAAGACUGGGUGGUUUACAUUGCAAAAUCUUUUAGGUGCCCUGUGGAGUUGUCUUGUAAACAAACAAAGUUAUGUGUGCAUUCAGUGUUUCUCACCAAUAUACAUUUUGUGUAUCCAAGAGGUCUAACAAAAGAGUUUAAUAUACAUAUUUUCUUCCUCAUAAAACAUUUUCAAAUGUAAAUCAUGCAUUGUUUACAUCACGUUCCCUAGUUUGCAGUCUUCUUUGCUGUUGCAUUGCUACUUUGCUUGUUACCAUCACCAAUUGUCGAUCAGCGGAAUAUCUGAAACUGGUGGCAGGGCAGUGUAUUGCAUUGCCCACAUGAUUAUACAAUACAAACAUAACAGGUACUCUCUCUUAAAAACAUUGUUCUAUAGCACUACUAGUGGUCAAAAACUCCACACACCUUAAACGUUUUUCUUCCCGGGAAAACCAUUCUCAGUAUCUUAGCGUUUACAAUGUUCUACAAUUUUAGUGUCAUUUGACUGCAUUGUUUCCGUUUUUUGUUUUUAAUUAACAAUGUAAGAAAGUAAUGUGAGAAAAGCUAUAUCAAAGCAUUUUGUUGUCAUGAUUAGAAGAAUAGUUGUUUAUUCACUGCUAAUUUCAUGUCCUAUCAGAUGAAUUGCUGUUAGUUAAACAAGAUUUUCUCACUUUAGAAACAUAACUACAGCUUUAUUUUUAUACGGUACUCACUUUUAAAUUGUCUCAUUUAAUUAAUAAUAAAUGUAUUCCACACAGUG